AUGGACCGUAGAGCCUCAGCGACUGACAGUACUUUUAUCGACACACAUGCAGCCAUGAUAAACCUCAUUGACGGUCUCACCAACAGGCCAAACAUAUCAUUAUAUGUCGAUCUGGAAGGUGUCAAUCUAUCCCGGCAUAGUACCAUCUCCAUCAUGCAAAUGCUAGUUCAUCCAUUAAACAAGAUCUACCUCAUCGAUAUCCAUACCCUUGACCGCAACGCAUUUUACAACCCUGGCAGGGCAGGCACGACUUUAAAAGACAUUCUAGAGUCUAAACAAAUCCUGAAGGUAUUCUUCGACGUGCGCAACGAUUCGGACGCUUUAUUUGGCCUUUAUGGUAUUCGGCUUGCUGGUAUACAAGACAUACAAUUAAUGGAAGUAGCAUCACGAAAGUUUUUAGGCUCAGAUACCAGGAAAUGGCUUAGUGGGCUCAAGAAGUGCAUCGAAAAUGAUUCCUCGCUCCCUAGUUCCUACAGGGAAACAUGGAGGCAGAUCAAGGAGAGCGGCAGGAGGCUUUUCGUACCCGAAUCUGGAGGGAGCUUCGAGAUUUUCAACACCCGCCCUUUGCCUGACGCUAUUAGGCUGUACUACAUUCAAGACGUCCAGUUUAUGCCAGGACUGUUGGAGUAUUACAAGUCCAUACUUUCUCUUGCGUGGACGAGGAGGGUGGAGCAUGAGAUAGAGGCGAGGUUGGCGUCGACGCAACCUGAAGGUUUCAAUUCCUGUGGGCCAGGCAAGACCUUAGCCCCUAUAGGCUGGCUGUGUAUAAAAUAA